UAAAAUGUGUAUUAUGUGCAUAUAUAAACCAGAAAUCACUCGGAAUUCAGAAAUCUAUCAGCUUUGAGAGCAGCAGUUGUAGUCGUGUUUGCAGUGUAGUGCGGUACAGCAGUGUCCGUAAUGGCUCUAUACGAAUUUCGCUACCAAUAAUCAAAGUUUAAAAGAUGAGCUCUUCAUAGAAUAACAUUUAGUGUCUUAUUGAUUAUUGUUGCACAAUUCAGUGGAUUGUGAUCGCGCGAAUCAACGCUUCAAUAUCUUGUCAGAUUAUUGAGAAUAGCUUUUACAAAUACUGGAUUAAUUUAAGACGAAUAAUAUUAAAAAAAGUUGGUGCAACUAUAAAAUGUUACAGGAUUAUCAAAUUAAACAGGAUCAAACGCGGCAAAUGCGUUUCACACGCUCUAAAUUUAGACGUAUUAAUUCAUUGGACUUAAUUCCAGAAGACCCAAGUCAAGAGAGUCUAGCCGAAACAAGUGAUAUGGACUCCAACGCAGUUAACAAAGAUGACAGACGACAAUUAAUUGCACAAAAAUCCACACUAUCCAUAUCAAAUGGCAUGCGAAAGGUGCUACUUUUUUGGCCAAAUUUGCUACUUAACAUGAUAAUGGUUCUGGUUCGUUUUAUACUCUACAUUCCUUUGUCCAUAGCAGCACCAAGUUUUUGGCUUUCAGCACUACUGUGGAUAUUUUUAAAAUUGGUACGUAUACCCAUUGGAUUAGUGAAAUGGAUUAUAAAUUCUGACGCAGUCUCUGUACAAAAUGCAUCAUCAAAUAAUAAACGUACAAUUCUCAUCAGUUGUGGUAGUACAAUUCAAACAUUGCACUUGGCACGAAAUUUUUACUCAUCAGGUGCUCGUGUUGUUGUAUUUGAGUUCGAUGGUUUAUUUGGACUCGCGCGUUUUUCAACAGCAGUGGAUAAAUUUUAUGUGGUACCUAGACCAUCAUUAAAUAAUGUUGACAGUUACAUAGCUGCAUUAUGUCACAUUAUUAAAAAAGAGAAGCCCACUGUAUAUAUACCUGUUUGUGCCACCAGUCCUGCUUAUUAUGAUGCAUUGGCAAAACCGCAUAUGGAGCUGUUAGGAUGUGCUAGUUUUAUACCUGGACUUGCAGAAACAACUGUAUUGGAUGACUGUUUACAAUUAUAUCAAAAAUGUGAAGCACAAAGUAUACCGCUACCUCCACAUUCACUGUUGUCGUCAAGCAACGAUCUCUGGAAUAUGUACGACAGUGGCUUCAUCAGUAAUUUCCGAAAUAUAUUGGUAGCAGUUGGUGUGCAGGGACUAAUCGAACGUUAUAAAUAUAUUUUACCCAACAGCCGACGUGAUUUCAAAUUUAAUCACGAUAUCAGUGAGCGUAAUCAGUGGUUGUUAGUCAGAGAUUUACCUGGUGAACAUUAUAUAACUUGUACCACAGUAAAGGAUUCUCGAGUAGUAGCGAAUGUCACAUGUAGAGUAGAUCACGAUACUAAAAAUCUACUACCUGUGGGAAAAAUGGAAAGUACCAAUUCAGAAAUAUCGGAAGAGAAUCAAAUUGAUAAAUGGUUAAAAAACUUUUUUGCAAAAAUACGUUUUCAACGUAGCAUUAACGGACAUAUUAGUUUUCGUUUGAUUAAAUGUCAAGGCACGGAA